GACUCUGGCUCCACCUGGCGGUAGCUCUUGGCAACGCGGUUCGACUCGUCUGUCAGUUUGCCGGAGCGAAGCGCUCGAGGAUCAGGAACGAAAUCUGAAAUACGAGGAGCUGCCCGCCUCGCUCAGAUGUACCUAUCUGACCAUAGCUCCGAAUAGACUUCAUUUUAUUUCUGAACACGAAUAUAUUAUUUGUAAUAAAAUACAACAGUUAUCAGAACUUAAAAUUCAUUCGGAAAAGCCUUAUUAUGGCGUCUAUUGGAGACUUUGAUCCGCUCCGGUCCAGCGUACCCGCAACUAAGAUUGAAGUUACAGUUUCGUGCAGGAACCUGCUGGACAUGGACACUUUCUCCAAGUCAGAUCCUGUGGUCGUGCUUUAUGUUCAGAGUAUUGGCACCAAGGAGUGGAGGGAGUUCGGUAGAACAGAGGUGAUUGAAAACACACUGAACCCCGAUUUUGUGCGGAAAUUCGUGCUGGAUUUCUUCUUCGAGGAGAAGCAGAACCUGCGCUUUGACGUGUACAAUGUGGAUUCCAGAAGCUGUAAUAUUUCAAAACAUAAGGACUUCCUUGGACAGACAUUUUGCACACUGGGGGAAAUCAUCGGCUCGACAGGUGGUCGUCUGGAGAAGACGCUCUCUGGGAUUCCAGGAAAGAGAUGUGGGACUGUUAUUUUGACUGCCGAGGAGCUCAGCAACUGCCGGGACCUUGCUACCAUGCAGUUUUGUGCUAACAAGCUAGACAAGAAGGACUUCUUUGGAAAGUCUGACCCCUUCCUAGUGUUCUACCGCAGUAAUGAGGAUGGCACGUUCACCAUCUGCCAUAAGACUGAGGUUGUAAAGAACACAUUGAAUCCAGUCUGGCAGCCCUUCACCAUCCCGGUUCGGGCACUGUGUAAUGGCGACUAUGACAGAACAGUCAAGGUGGAUGUUUAUGACUGGGACAGAGAUGGCAGCCAUGACUUCAUCGGCGAGUUCACCACCAGCUACAGAGAGCUGUCUCGGGGUCAGAGCCAGUUUAAUGUCUAUGAGGUUUUAAAUCCGAAAAAGAAAGGCAAAAAGAAAAAAUACAUAAACUCUGGGACAGUCACGCUCCUGUCCUUCAAAGUGGAGUCUGAGCACACCUUCGUGGACUUCAUUCGCGGAGGGACACAGCUGAACUUCACUGUGGCCAUAGACUUCACUGCAUCUAAUGGGAACCCCUCCCAACCGACGUCCCUGCACUACAUGAACCCAUACCAGCUGAACGCCUAUGCCAUGGCUCUCAAGGCUGUGGGGGAGAUCAUCCAGGACUACGACAGUGACAAGCUAUUCCCUGCUUAUGGCUUUGGUGCCAAGCUGCCCCCGAAUGGCAAGAUCUCUCAUGCAUUCCCUUUGAACACCGACAGCGAGAACCCAAACUGUUUGGGGAUUGAAGGGGUUUUAGAGGCUUAUUUCGAGAGCCUCAGAACAGUACAGCUGUAUGGACCAACCAACUUCGCUCCCGUCAUCAACCAGGUGGCCAGGGUGGCCGCUGGCGUGACAGAUGGAUCUCAGUACUUUGUCCUGCUUAUGAUCACGGAUGGUGUCAUUUCUGACAUGGUGCAGACCAAGGAGGCUGUGGUUAACGCUUCUGCUUUGCCCAUGUCCAUCAUCAUAGUGGGGGUGGGCCCAGCCGAGUUUGAUGCGAUGGAGGAGCUGGAUGGCGAUGAUGUCAGAGUGUCCUCUAGGGGGCGCCUUGCUGAGAGAGACAUUGUGCAGUUUGUGCCAUUCCGCGACUACAUCGACCCGACAGGGAACCAGGUUCUAAGCAUGGCGCGUCUGGCUAAAGACGUGCUGGCAGAGAUCCCCGAGCAGCUCCUGUCCUUCAUGAAGUCGAAGGGAGUGGAACCCCGUCCUGCCCCGGCCACCACCACAGCCCCCACACCGCGCCCGCGGCCCUGAUCGGACGAGAGGAAGGAACGGACUGCUACCAAAAUGAUUGCCUGCUCAACCCCGCCCCCCCUUCUGCUGUCUUGUGUCAAAGAUAACCAUAGUGUUCAAUCAUAUCACCUCAGCUGAACUUAGCCAUUCCAAGACCAAAGCCAGCUGACAUGCAGCCCUAUAGCCAAAUGCUAAACUACAUAUUAUGUGAUCAGAUCAAACUAUUACAGUAUAGGGGUUUCUAAACCUUUGCAGUAAAAAUGAAUUAAAUAUCA